AUGGAUUCUCAUCCUAGCUUUAGUUUAGGACUUAGUCAGUUAUAUUCUCAAAAACAAGAUAUUCCUGUUGGUUUUAUUCCUGGUACAUUUGAUUAUGAAGAAUCCAAUUUCGCAGAGAAUCGUUCAAAGCAUCGAAACGACCCGGCAACAAUAAAGAAAUUGAAGGAAGCGGGGAAGAUCCUAAGAUUUAUGAUGCUUGAAUUUGUCAUUAUCAUCGAUCUUAAAUGCACCAGUGAUAUUGAUGAGUAUAUGUAUACUUCAUUGGCAAAAUCUGCUUUGCUGUCGAAGUAUUUUCUUGACUCUGGAGGAUUUCAGAGUCAAAAAAUAGUUAUAUUAUUGGAUGGAAUGCCACACGUUCUAAAUGUUUGGAUGUUUGAGUGUUGCUAUGAGUAUUCUUACAAGAAUUUACAACCUACAAGCAAAGAAGUUCGUACUUUAGAUUUGUCUUUCUCCAAAGAUUUUGAGAUAUUCAAUCCAAUAUCUGCUGCUUCCACAUUUGUUGCUCCAACAUUGAAAUGGUUUGUCAAUGAUGAUCAACCGUGCAUUGUCACUGUCGCUGAAGACUUUGAUGAUUUUAGCACUAGACCUACGUGGGAAUUUCUAAGAAAAACUGGUUUAGCUUCACCUUUAUCACCUGAACAAGCAUCAAAGAGAAGAAAGAAAGAUAUGUUUCAGGAAGUUAAUCAAGGAAUGAUGGAUGGAGAGAAAUCUACGCGUGCUCCUUCAGUACGUCAUGUGUCUGGUAUGUUUUCUGAAAAUCAAGAGGAAUCAAUAGAUAAAAGAGAAAUUGGUAUGUCUAAAUUUGAUCAUCGCCAUCAAGGAAAAAUUGGUGUGUCUCCUGAGCAUGAACAACUCAAGUUUGUUCCUUCAGCUUCCACAACGCCGGAAGGAACUUCUAAGUCUACUUUAGAUAUGGAGUACAUAAAGACUUACGUCAACACAUAUGAGGAGAAAAUUAUUGAUCAACAACAAGAUCCAGAAGAAGGAUCGAAAAAAUAUGACAGUCCAUAUAAGGAGGAUUUGCCGCGUGAAGAUGAAGACAAGGGACCAGUCAUUAAAAUCAGAAAUGAUGAACCAUCAGUACUUCAACCUUUGGAAACAGAGUUCCAAGAAUGUGUAUACACGCAUACUAAAUGUCUAACAACAACUGACGUUCAAAGAGAACAGAAGGAUGAGAAUAUGGUUGAUAAAGAAGAAGGUCGAGUUGAAGGAUCGAAAAACACGUACAGUAUUGAUAUGGAAGAUUUAUCGGAUAAGCAUAUGACCGAUAAUAAAGAAGGUAGUGGUGAAGAAUUAAAAAUACAACACAGUCUUGACAUGGAAAAUUUGCUGGAUGAUUUCGGUGGCACAAUAACGGAGUUUGUUCAAGACAUUAUAGAUGCAUCAUUAUUUGGUUUGUCAACACCUUCAACUACAAAGACCUUGGAUGUUGGUAUACCAAAUAUAGUAACCGAAAGCCAGUGGACGAGUCACAAUAGUCAGGUUUCACUUGAUUUCCUGGAUGCUCAAGUUAGGGAGCAUGAAGCCACAAAAGCACCUGUAAAAAGGGACCGAAAGAAGUCGAGAAUUUUCAGGUCACCAUACACCACAAAAUUUGGUUCUAGCUCUAAGGAUGAGGGCAAUUACGAUACCAAAGAGAAGCAUAUGUAUGCUUUUGAUGGUUGUACCAUUUACCAAAAAUUUCCUAACCAAUUGAUCCUCGAUUACUCUCAGUGGCUUAAAGUAGGAUUACUUAAAUAUCAUGCUGGAAAAGACUGCGGGGUCUUUAUGGCUGCAUACACAGAAAUAUUAAGUGAAGGGAAGCAAGUGCAUUCAUGUGAUUUUGAUGAUGGAAGUCAACGUGCACAGUAUGCUUCAUUGCUAUGGCAUUACGGAGUGACAAAGGCAGAGAAAGGCUACACAAGUGAUAAUGAUGAUCCUCCUCGGCCAAGGAAUAGUUAUCUCCAAUGA